UCUUUGUGUUUCUCUGCCACAUCCUAUUAGACAAUGCAUUGUUACAUCAUUGUUUACUCUGCUUAUGUGAACCAUAUUUAGGGUAGUUCAUUGUAAUGGCAAAGAGAAGGUCAUGGUUUGGUUGGAUAAAAAGAUUAUUCAUCUGCGAGGCCAAAGCAAAAUCAGAGAAGCCAAGGAGAUUGAGAUGGGUGUUUAGAAGACUAAAGCUGAGACAUCAGAUUGCAACUCCGGCACAAGAGACAAGGACUUUGAACAAAGCAACAGAGGAUCAGAGAAAGCACGCCAUGAACGUAGCCAUCGCCACGGCAGCAGCAGCCAAGGCGGCGGUUGCAGCCGCCAAGGCAGCUGCUGAGGUUGUCAGGAUGGCGGAAAACGCCUUCACGUCACAACAUUUUGUCAAGAAGAGUAGUGAUCCUAAUUUGGCAGCUAUCAAGAUUCAGAGUGCCUUCAGAGCUUAUCUGGCGAGGAAAGCGUUGCGGGCACUGAAGGCACUUGUAAGGCUUCAAGCCAUUGUCCGUGGCCGCGCUGUUAGGCGAAAGGUCUCUUCGAACAAAGCUUCAACAUCAAACUUUAUCCAGAGGAAACACUUGUCUAAGACCAAAACUGAGAUCAAAGAAGAACUCAAGAUACCAAAACGUUCAAUAUGUAAUAGUCAGAACGGUUGGGAUAGUAGCGCACUCACCAAGGAAGACAUCAAAGCCAUAUGGUUAAGGAAGCAAGAAGGUGCGGUCAAGCGUGAGCGUAUGUUAAAGUACUCCCGGUCUCAUCGGGAGAGAAGGAGUCCUCACAUGCUUCUGGAGUCAUUGUACACAAAGGAUAUGGGGAUGAGAAGCUGUCGGCUUGAACAUUGGGGUGAAUCAAAGUCUGAAAUGGUUGUUGUCCCUUCAAAAGUAAAGCUUAGAACAUUGCAGAGAAAAGACUCUGGUGAUGGACAAGACUCUCCAUUCUCUUUCCCAAGGAGAUCUUUUAGCCGUCUUGAGCAGAGUCUAUUGGAGGACGAGAGCUGGUUCCAAAGUGGGUUCCAGCCUUACGUGAGCGUGACAGAGUCUGCAAAGGAGAAGUUUAGAUCGCUGAGCACACCGAGACAACGUGCAGGGGUCAUGGAGUCUUGGUUUGAUGAGAAUAAGAAGGAUGGAGAUAAAGUAUCUCUCUGGUCUUCCUUUGUCAGUGAAGAAAAUAGUAAGAUGAGCAGCUCUAAGAAGUCGUCUCUUGCCACAAACCAACAUUUGUUGUUAAAAUAUUGAGCAUUUAUGAUACUUUCUCUUUUUCUUUUCCUUUGAUGGGUCUCACAUCUCAUGCUCUUUAUAGAUUUAUAUUCUUUUGGGGUUUUGGGUGUGUGUUUAUGUUCAUUUAUGUUCUUGAACAUUUGGAAACAUCUUGUUUAUC